AUGGAUCUGAAUGAAGACGUAUUUCAUGUUGUGGAGAGGAUGGAGUACAGAGACAUACUUUUCACUCUCCAGGAAGUUGUUGUUGAUUUGCUGAACCAACACAACCCUGCAUCUCCAUCUCCUCCUCCUUCUCCUGUCAUCACCUACCCUCAGCCAGAUGAUAAUCUGAGCGGACGAUACAAUGGGUGCAUCCUCCUGGGAGCUGCUCCACACAGCUGUGAGCUGCAAAGUCCUUCAGUGGCUGAUCCAGGACGGAGCCUGCUUGAUUUGAUAAAUGAAUACAAUCUCACAGCUCCAUCUCCAUCUCCACCUUCAUCUCUACUUCCAUAUCCAUCCCCACCUACUUCUCCUGUUGUCACCCACUGUCAACCGGUUGAAAAUCUGAGCGGAGAAUAUGAUGGGCACAUCCCCCUGGGAGCUGCUCCACACAGCUCUGAGCAGCCAAGUGUGUUCAUGGCUGCUCCAGGACCGAGCGUCGGACAGGCUCCUCCUAUGGUCAUCUACCCAGGAACACAAAAUGUUGUGGAGCCAGGUCACCUGCACAGCCAGGCAUGUGCUUAUAGCCAGGGACAGUUAAACAAUCUGUCAGCGGUGAGGGUCCCUAAUGGCAUGAGCCAGAACCAAACUCCUAUUGGACAAUUGAAUGGUCAGGCGCUGUACAAUCUUCCAGAGGAUGUUCUCCCUCCUACUCACUCAGCUGCUCCUCAGCCCGCAUUCUCCAACUCAAACAUCGCCUACAGCUUCACCGCACUUGCUCCCGUGUCAAGUCGACAGAUUAGCAAGAGAAAGCGUGACAACCAGGAGGAUGAUCGGUCGUAUGUAAAGAAGCCGCCAAACGCCUUCAUGGUGUUUAGAAAGGAGCAGAGGCCAAAUGUUGUGGCCGAAUUGGGCAUCACAGGAAGUGCAGUGGUGAAUAGUAUCCUGGGAAAGAGGUGGAACACACUGUCAAGUGAGCAGAAGGCCAUAUAUUAUGAAGAGGCAGAGAGAGAGAGGAAGCUCCAUGCACAGCUAUAUCCUGACUGGACACCCACCGACAAUUACGGCAGAAAGAGAAAGAGAGACAGGAGCAAGGCCGUCAUAAGCAAGCCCGCCAGACAGUUUGAAACAUUUGCAUCUGCCGAAGAGUUCACCCAGCAAGGCAAGAGGCUGCGUGUGGCCCCAGUGUACACAGGUGUGACAGAGCCUGUGUAUGACCACCACUGGCAAGGCUCUGCAAUAGCAGCACCUGCAGCAAUGGUCACUGCACCCACUGACACAAACCACUUAUCUGGGGCUGGAAGACUCAAUUUACUGAUGGUGGGGCUUCAUGAACCCCUUUCCAACACAGCAGUGCCUGAGCCCUUGCCUCAGUUUCACCCACUGUAUCAGUCUGAGUCACUGUACAGUCCAGACACAGACACAAGUACUAUGAAUUUGUCUGAUCUUUCUGAUCCGUCACAGCCAAAGCCUGAGCCACAGCCUCAAGCUCAGCAUCAGAUUCAGGCUCAGCCUCAGUCCCCGUCCAGUCCAGACGCAUACAUAUGUACUGUAGAUUUCUCUGAUCUACUUGAUCAGCCACAGCCUCAGGCUCAGCCCCACGUUCAGGCUCAGCCUCACACACUGUUUCAGCAUCAGCCUCAGUCCCCCUACAAUCUAGACAGAUUCUUGUGUGAUGUAGAUUUGCCUGAUGUACUUGAUUUGCCAUAG